UAAAGGCACUCAGCCCAUCCCUUCUGUCUCCUCUCUCAUUAUUAGUGUUUUUAGCAUCAGUGUGACAGUGUUCGCACAGUAAUCCAUUCCAGUUCUCCUCCGCUUCGUCGUCGUUUCCUUCCUGCUACCUGAUCUCCUGCACGCUGAGUGGGGGGUAGCCCUUCACUUUCCUUUGCUUUCGCUUGUUUGUUAAAACAGUAUUCACAAUAUUUCCGCCUUACUACAAAAUGUUGAAUCCGAGUUGUGUAUUCGGAUUGUUGUUAAACUACAGCUUUGUGGAAAUGGAUUACGUCAAUCAUCCCAUAAGUGGCAUAAGCGGGCCAAGUUGUCGGGAUCCCAGUAAUGACAAAACUUUGAAAAAGAAAAAGAAAAAAACCGCAAUUCUGGGGUCAGAAGCACAACAAAGACUGGAAGAUUCCCUACACGUGACAUAAAACAGUCAAUGCUAUUGGAUAAGGGUAUCCAGGCCCUAUCUCUCUGAAAAAAACACCAUGCAGAAAGCUGCCUACUAUGAUAAUUCUGGACUUUUUGGGGGCUAUUCUUACACUAAAUCUGAUGCAUACAGUUGCAAUUCUACCCAUCAACCGUACCCACCAUCCACUAUUGAGAACGAUUUUCAGAGUUCUGUAUGUACCGGUUCUAUACAAACACCAACUAUUAGACCCCCCAGCCAAAAAUCCAGUGAAAUAAAUAGCAUCUGCAUGAGAACAACUGCCAGCCAGGGCAGCAGCCAACCAUCUAACAUCAGUGAGUUAGAGCAAGCACCUCCUUUGCCCGCAUCUUCGCCUAACUCAAGUAGUACUUCAACACAGAAAAAAAAGCCUACUUCCAACUCUUCAGUUAACUCUACUACCCCGGUUAUUACAAAGCAAAUAUUCCCGUGGAUGAAGGAGUCCCGACAAAACUCAAAACAGAAAAGUAACUUCACAGCUGCACAAGCAGGGGAUACUUGUGAUGACAAAAGUCCGCAAGGGCCAGCAUCAAAGAGGGUCCGUACUGCCUACACCAGCGCCCAGCUUGUAGAACUUGAAAAGGAGUUUCAUUUUAACCGGUAUCUGUGUCGUCCCCGCAGAGUCGAGAUGGCCAAUUUAUUGAACCUCACAGAGCGUCAAAUAAAGAUCUGGUUUCAAAACAGGAGGAUGAAGUACAAAAAAGAUCAGAAAGCCAAGGGGAUAAUGCACUCUCCCAUUGGACAAUCCCCAGACAGAAGCCCGCCAUUAAGUGGCCCAAAUCAUAUUGGAUAUUCAAGCCAGAUCCCAAAUGUAAACAGUCUUAACUAUGAUGCUCAUUCCCCAGCAUCAUUCGCUAAGCCACACCAAAAUAUGUAUGGAUUGGCAGCUUAUACAGCACCAUUAGGUAGCUGCCUCCCACAGCAGAAGAGGUACCCUGGAUCAGAAUAUGAACAUCAUACCAUGCAAGGCAAUGGUGGCUUUGCCAAUCCUAAUUUACAAGGCAGCCCUGUGUAUGUUGGAGGGAAUUUUGUUGAUUCCAUGUCAGCCUCGGGUCCUAUGUUCAACCUUGGCCAUCUCCCUCAUCCUUCAUCCGCCAGUGUGGACUACAGCUGCGCUGCUCAGAUUCCUGGUAACCACCACCACGGACCUUGUGACCCCCAUCCCACAUACACAGAUCUGACUUCUCAUCACACAUCUCAGGGAAGGAUUCAGGAAGCACCUAAACUUACGCAUCUGUAGUGGACUGUCGUUGUUGUGAAUCGGCGUCCUCGCUUUGUAUUACCUCACUAUAAUAUAGGGUACUUUUUAACUAAGAUCAGAGAGAGAGAGAGAGAGAGAGAGAGAGAGAGAGAGAGAGAGAGAGAGAGAGAGAGAGAGAGAGAGAGAGGUGUAUUACUAUUACAUUUUCUAACAGCUGUGUUCCUUUUUGAGACUAGUCGGCACCGGUUAAGGGAUGUUCUUGCCAGCUGUUUUGCAUAUUGAAGUGCAAUGCACAAUGUAAACAUAAGGACUGAACAUUUGAUAACGUUUUACUUGAAGGUAAGUCCUGUAGAUAUGUCAAUAUUAGCAACCCGAUAUAAUGGGCUGUUUUGUACAUCUCUAUUACGUGAUGUUUUUGUCUGCAUUUGGUCUCACUUCGAAGAGCUUAAUUUAUGUAUUUUUGUCAAGAAUGUAUGAAAGGCAUUAAACUCGAUUAUGUAUGUAUUUAUUAUUUUUAACAAUAAUUUUUGUACCACGUAUUAUUUAUCUUCGUCUUAAUAUAUUUACGUGAACAUUUGUAGAACUUAUGAAACAUGCCUUGGACAGAUUAAUUAAAGUAUUUUGCCAUUAUAUUCCUCUUCUUUAGUACAAUGGUUCGAAAUAGUUGAGCGAAUAGUUUAAAGCAACUGUAACAGUGGCUGGUGUUUGUAGUUUAUGUAAAGGUUAAUUCUGGCAGCAAUCUAUAAGUCAAUAUUAUAGUAAACCUACAAUAUGACAUUACACAAUAGAUUCAUUGUUUUUAUUUUUACAUGCUUUAUUUCAAUUGUCUGGCACUAUUUGAAAACAUAGAAUGUGUCUCUGAACUGGUUUAAGUAUGCAGUACACUAGCAUGUGAUUUUACAUGUCUCUGUAAAAGUUACCUCAAAUUAAUUUGUUACUUUAUGAAUUAUACCUUUAAUGCAUACAACGAUUAAACACCCUAAUGAUAAUUUAUGAACUGUUAUAUUUUAGUGUGUUGAGCAUUUGUUUUGUAAAUAAAGUGUUUAACUUAACAGAAGAUCCAGAAGUGUUUCCUUUAUUUCUAACGCCAUCUUGAAAUGGAAUGCACAUUAAAAAAACUGUGUCAAAUAAAGGACUAUAAUUUAAGGUUUUUAAUGAUGAAUGAAUUUAAUGAUGAAAUGCCUGAAAUCUGGCAGACAUUUAAGCAAAAAUGUCCACCUCUGGUAUAACUAUAGU